UGAAAGUGUUGUCCUGGACUGAAUGUUCAACAAUGUAGAUCCAGGAAGCCUUCUUUGCAACAUAUCGUCGGUGUGUUUCUGCUCCCUUAUGGACAUUAAUUCUCACCCUCCUCUCUGCUGUCUGUCCUCCGGUGGCCCGCGGGCCGGGAGCCUCUGUGACGCCGAGGAGAGAGCAGGACUUUCCGGGUUCUGCUGUCAACACUACCGGGGAUGAGAUGUGUGUGUUCUGAAUUUCAUUCUGAGGCAUCAUCGUUACAUUAAACUUGCACAAUGAGGAUCUUCGUGUCUCUGCUGAAAAGCACCAACCCUAAAAUCGAGUUUUACUCCAGGUUCUCCCCCUCCCCUCUCUCCAUUAAGCAGUUUCUGGAUUUUGGCCGGGACAAUGCUUGUGAGAAAACGUCGUACAUGUUUCUGCGUAAGGAGCUGCCGGUGCGUCUGGCCAACACCAUGAGGGAGACCAACCUGCUGCCGGACCCCCUGCUGGGCAUGCCCUCCGUCAGACUGGUGCAGAAAUGGUACAUGCAAAGCUUCGUGGAGCUGCUGGAGUAUGAGAACAGAAAGCCGGAGGACCCUCAGGCUCUGAAUGAUUUCCUGGACCUGUUGAUUGAGAUCCGUAACCGGCACAACGACGUGGUUCCCACCAUGGCGGCGGGGGUCAUCGAGUACAAGGAGAAGUUCGGCUUCGACCCGUUCAUCAGCAGCAACAUCCAGUACUUCCUGGACCGAUUCUACACCAACCGCAUCUCCUUCCGCAUGCUCAUCAACCAGCACACUCUUCUGUUCGGUAACGACACAAACCCUGCACACCCCAAACACAUCGGCAGCAUCGACCCCACCUGCAGCGUGGCUGAAGUCGUCACUGAUGCCUACGACACAGCCCGGAUGCUCUGUGAGAAAUAUUACCUAGCUGCUCCCAAGCUGAAGAUUGAAGAGUUUAACAUGAAGGCCCCUGAUAAGCCCAUCCAGGCGGUGUACGUUCCCUCUCAUCUGUUCCACAUGCUGUUCGAGCUCUUCAAGAACUCGAUGAGAGCCACGGUGGAGCUUCACGAGGACAACGCGGAGGGGUUACCUCCAGUGAAGGCCAAGGUCACUCUGGGUAAAGAGGAUCUCUCUGUGAAGAUCAGCGACAGAGGAGGGGGAGUUCCCCUGAGGAAGAUCGACCGCCUGUUUAACUACAUGUACUCCACGGCUCCUACACCCAGCCUGGAGUCAGGGACUGUGCCACUGGCUGGAUUUGGCUACGGUUUGCCGAUUUCCAGGCUCUACGCCCGAUACUUCCAGGGGGAUCUGAAACUGUACUCCAUGGAUGGCGUUGGCACCGACGCCGUCAUCUAUCUGAAGGCUCUCUCCAGCGAGUCCUUCGAGCGUCUUCCCGUCUUCAACAAGUCUGCGCUGCGACACUACAAGACGAGCCCCGAGGCGGACGACUGGAGCAACCCCAGCCGAGAGCCAAGAGACGCCAGCAAGUCCAAUUACAAAGCCAAGAGAUAACUCUGACCCCCUGCUGGGAGCAUGCACGAUGAAGCGUUGCCCUUGGGUGACCGCUCUGAUCAGACCUGCUUUAACAUUCCUAAUGUUUGGACCAUAUUGAUGACUUAUCUCUGCACCCAAAGACAAUGAGAUUCAUCCGCGUAGCUUUUAUUGUUGUGGCAUCUUUACCUCCGGAUCCCAUAAGUGUAAAAUGAACCUCCAAAUCAUAGAUCCCUGAAUCUUGACUAGUUUUGGCUUUGUUUCCCCUUUUAUCUGGCCAUGAGCUGAAAUCACUGCAUCAUCGGUUUCUGUUUUUUUGGCCGCUGCUUCCUGUGGCUGAAUAAACCCCGCGCUGCUUUCUCACCGUCA